CCGACCCAAAUAGAAGAAUCGGAAGAAGAAGAAGAAUCAGUUCCGUCGUGAGACACUGUCAUAACAUAAGAGUCGUGGACGCGGUUGGCUGUUGCUGUCUACGGUUCCAACUUCCAAGUUACAAGCUUCACCCAUUUUAUAAAAGUUACGGUUCGGUUCCGCUGCAUUCGUGCUUUCUAGCAACACAAAAUGAGCGCCAUCUCUUUCAGUUCCACCCAUUUGCACAGUUGGAAAAAUCCCAAGGGGUUUGGAAAGGUGAGAAAGCAACGAGAUGGGAAGCUACUUGUCAAGUGUUCCAGCAAGAGUGGGAACCCAACUUCAUUGCAAAAUGGGGUUCGUGUUGGUGUUCUUGGAGCUAGUGGCUACACUGGUUCUGAGGUUAUGCGACUCUUGGCUAAUCAUCCACAGUUUGGGAUUGCACUGAUGACUGCUGAUAGGAAAGCUGGGCAGCCAAUCUCUUCUGUAUUCCCACAUUUGAGCACUCGGGACUUGCCAGAUUUGAUUGCAAUAAAGGAUGCAAACUUUUCUGAUGUGGAUGCUGUAUUCUGUUGUUUGCCUCAUGGAACUACUCAGGAAAUUAUUAAAGGCCUACCAAAGCACUUGAAGAUUGUUGAUCUUUCUGCAGAUUUUCGUCUAAAAGAUCUUUCUGAGUAUGAAGAGUGGUAUGGUCAGCCGCAUAGAGCACCAGAUUUGCAGAAAGAAGCUAUAUAUGGAUUAACAGAGGUUUUAAGGGAGGAAAUAAAGAAUGCACGUCUAGUUGCUAAUCCUGGUUGUUAUCCAACUUCUGUUCAACUUCCUCUUGUCCCAUUGAUAAAGGCUAGUCUUAUUGAGCUUAAAAAUAUUAUCAUUGAUGCUAAAUCUGGUGUGAGUGGAGCAGGGCGCAGUGCCAAAGAAAAUUUAUUGUUCACUGAAGUAACUGAAGGUCUCAAUUCUUAUGGUGUUACCCUACAUCGCCAUGUUCCUGAAAUUGAGCAGGGACUUGCUGAUGCUUCAGGUUCAAAAGUAACUGUUAGUUUUACACCACAUCUAAUUCCAAUGAGCCGUGGUAUGCAAUCAACUAUUUAUGUGGAAAUGGCUCCAGGAGUGAGAAUUGAGGACCUGUACCAGCAACUGAAGCUCUCAUAUGAGAAUGAAGAAUUUGUUUUUGUGUUGGAAAAUGGAGUCAUUCCUCGAACUCACAGCGUUAAAGGGACUAAUUACUGUUUAAUCAAUGUUUUUCCAGACCGAAUUCCUGGAAGAGCAAUCAUUAUAUCUGUUAUUGAUAAUCUAGUGAAGGGAGCUUCAGGUCAAGCUUUACAAAACCUUAAUUUGUUAAUGGGAUUUCCAGAAAAUUUGGGACUUCAUUACCUGCCUCUUUUUCCAUAGAGUAGUUGUCUUGUCCAACUAGAGCUCCAAUUCUGCAGUCACAGUUCCACCAAAAUACUUGAUGGAGCAGAGGAAAUAUUUUCAAGUUAUGUAUUUUCGUUCUCUAGAUUGUAAUGUGAGAUUCUUCAAGAAUUUAGAAGGGAAUUGAUUAUGGCAUUGGCAGGGAUACUAUAGCAAUUUCUGUCUUUUUUGUCCUUUGUUUUGAUCUGUAAUGUUAGAAAUCACUGAAGGUGGUGGCGUGUAGUUUUCCAAGUUUGGGUUUUGGUUUAUUUGUAAUGCCAAUAUUUUAGUGGACUAUGAAAUCACCAUCUCAAGUUUUUGAGAUUUUUGUUUCAA